AGAAGGUUGGAGCCUACUUUGAUCCACUGGAUGAAGAAGCUCGAGGUGGAUUUUCAGAUUUAAUGGAUAUUGGGGGUUUAGCACUGGCUGCAUGGAUCUGAUUAUGGGAUGCAAUCUCUUAAUAGCAUCCCAAGAUUUUGACUCUGGUGGUCUAGGAGAUGAUAAGGGGUUAGAUCUUGCUAAGGUUCUGUUGAAAGACAGCCUUUGAGGAAUGCAACCAAGGAUCAAUGCUCCAAGGGUUCCAGGAGGACAUCUGUAGCUGCUGUCCUAUUUGAGGGUGGAUUUGGGGUUUAGCCAUUUAGUGCUUGUCUGGUACCCUGGACCAUUCACAGGAUGGGACAAAAAUUAGUUCGAACCAAUAAUCACCCAUAUUUGGUGGUGUUAAUGGACAUGAUAAAACAUAUCCUACAUUUUGUCUAGUCUUAACCUCAAGCAAUAAAAAUUAUCCCACCUAAAACAAAAUCUCUUUCUUGCCCCUUUCUCAUUCCCUGUCAUCACGAUCCACAAUCACCUCCCAUUUCUGCUCACCUUGCUGGUCAUCGCCACAGUUAGUGUCACUACGUCAAGUUUUAUGUCAAUCCUUUGCAAUCCAACAAUUCCUGUGUCUUUAUUCUUCUCUAGUGCUGAGCUACUAAUUCUGGGCGACAAGAAUGGUAAAAUACUUUUGUCAAGAAGGCAGAGCUAGAGCUUGGUUGAUCUAAGGAUCAGACUAACCUUUGAUCCGUUGAUGCCAGCAAGAGCUUCGAUUCUUCUUCUCUGAUUCUUGCUGAAGAUUUCGUGAUAUCUUAGUCGAUGCAAGGUAGGGCUCCGAUUUACUGCUGAUCGGCGAUCCGCGAUCGGCAAUCGGCAAUUCUUGCUUCAGCUCCUGUGUUCUACUGUUCUGUGCUUCACAGUUACCGUGUUUUGUGAUAUUUGGAUAAAAGCCAUGGUUGAUUUGCCGGAGGAUGUAUAUUAAAAGUAUAUUAAUUGUAUUUUUUUUUUUAAUUUGUAUAGGGAAAUACAAAAAAAUUUAUCUU